CUGUCUCGUCUCUCUACAGCCAAAGUGCGGAGGCUCCGCUGCCGUCCCGGCCUUUCCCAGGGGAAGUUCAGCACUUUGUCCCACGGCAGCACGGGGUCAGUGCCCGCCCCAGUCCCUCCCUCUGCUCAUCCCACCGAUGGCCUUUGCCCCUCGUCCCGUCCUUGUCCCCGUGCCCCAAGGCAAAUAGACGAAGCUCAUGGGUUGUGUCCCACGGCGGAAGGCCCAUCCCGGUACCGCAGAUCCGCUUGGCACCGGGUCCUGGAGGAACCACAUCCUGCCCAGCCCUGCAGGAAGGGCAGAGGGGGGUGGGAGUGGGACCGUGUGCUCAGCGCCCAGCUGGCUCAGCACCGGGCCCCACUCACCCCAUGUCCCCCAGAUGCCCCACAUGCGCUGUCCCCAGGGGCCCUGAGCGCAGCCAUGGAGAGCCGCAAGCAGGACAUGGAGCUGCUGAGCAACAGCAUGGCUGCGUACGCACACAUCCGAGCCAACCCCGAGAGCUUCGGGCUGUACUUCGUGCUGGGCGUCUGCUUUGGGCUGGUGCUGACGCUGUGCCUGCUGCUGCUGCGCAUCUCCUGCCGGCCCCGCACGCAGCGCACGGCGCGGCCCGGCCCCGCCGACCUCAGCGAGGACGACGACGACGAUGAGGAUGAAGAGGAGGACACGGUGGACCGCGCCGCCUCCGAGUCGCUGCUGCCGAUGACCGAGAUCCCGUUGGAGCGCCACAGCCCCGGCGACGGCGCUGCGCCCAUCAACGUCUUCGCGUCGGCCGAGGAGUUGGAGCGGGCGCAGCGCCUGGAGGAGCGGGAGCGGAUCAUCCGCGAGAUCUGGCGCAACGGGCAGCCCGACCUGCUGGGCGCCGGCACUUUGGGCCGCGGGCAUUACUACUGAGCGGGGGCCGCGGGCAGCCGGCCGGACGGGGCGGCACCUCGGAGCGCCCUCAGCCCGCCGCUGUGGGACGCGAUGCACUUGGAGCCAUUGGUACGAAGCCGGGCGGGGGCCGAGCAGCCCCACGGGUGAGGACAGGGCUGUGGGCGCUGCCCCCGGCGCGGUGCUCCCCUGCCCGGUUCCCAUUCCCGUUUCCAUGCCCGCUGUCUUCGGCCUUUCUGGCCCGGCGCGGCUCCGGAUGUUUCCCGGUGGGCUCAGAGCCGCUCUCGUUCCCCCCAGCCCGUGCCGCUCUCAGCCCCGCUGCCCCUCCUUCCACAUCUACAAAAAUAGCUCCUUCCCAGCCUGGCCCCGCCGGAUCCAGAUGUUUUCCAGAUGUUCUCCCAAUCCCACGCCGGUGGCGCAAAGCCAAACCGUGCCGAGGGCUGGGGAUGGGAAACGGAGCGGGGGUGGUGAGGAGGAGGAGGGGGAAUCACAGAACUGUAGGGGUUGGAAGGGAGCUGCAGAGCUCAUCGAGUCCAACCUCCUGACAAAGCAGUUCCCUACAGCACAGGUCGGCAUCCAGGCAGGUCUUGAACAUCUCCAGAGAAGGAGACUCCACCACCCCCCUGGGCAGCCUGUUCCAGAGGAGGGGGAGGAGGAAGAGGCGCUGCUCCCUGCUCUGCUCCCAGCCGUGACUCUCAGCUUCAGUGGGGGCCACUGAGCUACGGAAACACAGCAGAGCUGAGAGCCCCAACCUCGAGCACGGGGGGCUGCGAGGAGCACAGAGGCUGCAGAGCAGCAGGGGGCAGGGGGGGUUCUGCACUCAGCAGUGAAUUCUCCUGCAGCCGAAGGCCCCCAGUUGGUGACACUGAACCCAUGGAAGAGGAGCACGAGCUGCAGCCCAAAGCCCUGCGCCCAACCGCCAGCGGCGGGAGCAGGAGCUGCAGGAGCAGCGAGCACUGAGCUCCUUUUGUCCCGCGUCGGUUUAAGGGCUCAAAUUCCAGCGAGAAGGAAAACACAGACCGCAAACCAUCGCCCCACACCGGGCACAGCGGAGCUGCGCCUUCCUGUGCAGCGAGAGCCGUGCAAAAACCACGCUGAGCAGCAGCAACCAAUGCUGUCCUCCACGGCUGAGGGGCACGGAGGUUUUAAUGCCAGAAUGCAGCAGAGGGGGGAGGAGGGCUGGGCAGCGCUGCAACACAGAAGCCGCUCCACCGCCUCGUUUUAUUGCGUUUUAUUUGCAUGACCAACAUCAGGGUUUGCCAACGAGGAGCUGCUCGAGUGGAAAGAAACCGAGCUGCAGUCGCUGCGUGCGGGGGGCAGCGGGGAGCAGAGCAGAGCCCUGAGCCCAGCGCUGCUGCCCUGGAUUCUCCUUGGAAGCAGAAGCCAAAAAGCCGCGUGUGGCCACGGCUGGGCAGAGCAGCAGAGAUUUGCCUUCAUUUUUAUCAAUUAAAAACAUGGGAAAAUCCUCGUCUGCGCUGCGCCG